AUGCUUUAUAAAGUGGUUGCGGAAGAAUUCAGCGAUAAGUUACACCAGAGUAUAUUAAAUGGUGAUAAUGUCGAACAUUUAACUCAUUUUCCGGAUUUAUUGGAAGUCUAUUGCACUGCUGACCGGAACUCACCAUCAAAUGUAAUAUCGGAUGAACAAAUAAUAUGGACAAUAGGAGAAUUUAUCUCAGUCCUCUCAUCACCGAUCGUUUACAGAAAGUUUGGUGGUCUCUAUCAAGAUUGCAUUAUUGAACUCACUAAACUCCUGCGACCAUCUAAUAUGCUUUUCGUGCAGAAACAAAUUGUUUUAAUUUUGAAGGGCAUUGUGGAUAAAAAAAACGUUUUGGUAUUCAAUGUUAACGAUGACAAAGAGCAAAUAAUAUUCACCACCCCAAUGGGUGAUAUCGUUUUAGCUUCAGUAACAUCCAUUUUACAACACGGAACGAUGAACGAAUCAGUUAUGCAGAAUGAAGACGUUUUAAUAUAUCUGUGGUUUUGUUUGUUACACGUCAUUCCUUCAGGUGUAUCGCGAGUAAAAAAUAAGGCAAUAUUACUGGCGCAGCGAUUGGUUUCAAUGGAUGCGUGUAAUGCAGUAUUUGCGGAUUUGUUGUAUGAUGAUUUAAUGGCAGUAGAACGAUGGCUUUACGAUUUGGCAUCUGAAGUAGUUGGUGAUGAAGAAUUACGCUUGAAAGAAGCGUUGGAAACUUGCGAACGUACUUUUGGUGAUGUUCUCCGGAAUAUUGAUGGAUAUGAAACCUUCAAUAAAAUUGAUUUUUAUCAAUGUCUGAAAUGGACAAAACAAGUUGCGGAGAUAUGUUCCUCACGUAUAAGACCAGAUGAGCGUUUGAUUAAUAUGUUAAUCGAUUUAUGCUCUGUAAAUUUGAGAGUUGAAAAGAGUUUUCGAAAAGAAUGUCGUAUUCUAUCCAAUUAUUUGUAUGCUGUAGUGAGGAAAAUUUUUCAAUGUGAAUUACAAAUAAAAGCCGAAAAUAUCGGUGAAUUAUUCGAGUUCGUUUUCGUGGUACUGGAAGAUAAUGAUAUCAAUUCAUCGCUGUUACUGAAUGAACUUACUGAACAAUUAACAUUUGCUCGACAACGUUAUGCUGAAAAUGAACUGGUGAAAUAUUUGCGAAUGAGAGAAAUGAUGAUAGUAGCACUGAAACAAACAUUGGAAAAAGAUAAAGGCAAUGUUUUUAUUGCCAAAAUUAUUCCUGAAACAGCAGAAGUGAUAGAGAUCAUUGAAAAUAUUUCAAAGAUGCCAGAUAUUGGUAGAGAGGCUUUAGCUGGAUUAAUUUCACUCAUCUCAUCGUUCACUGAACGUGUCGAAACGAGAGUAGACUUUUGGCUUGCUGUUAUGUCGUUGCCGUGGCUCCAAACAGCGGAAUUGGUCACUGAUCUGGAACGUUUUGAUAUAGCAUUACCAGCGUUGUCGCAAAUUCACAAAUUAUCGUUACGUUGCGGUCAUUAUCUAUCACUCGACAUCAAAGCGAGUACGAUUCCUGCAUUGGGGCAUUUGAAUGUUUGUGCGGAAUGGCGUCGCAAAGUAUACAUCGCAGCUUUAACAUCAGCGGAAAUAUCAUUACUGAGAACAGCUGUGGAACAUUUUCCUUCUUUCAUUUUCUCAACAGACAGGAAUGAAUUCGAUUUUCUUCUAAACCAUGUGCUUUAUCACGGAAUGCAUGCACUUCAAAAUGAUGAUAAAACUGAAUUGUGUCCCGCUGUUUUAAAAGCAGUGACAAGAACAUUAUGUUUUGUUAGUAUGGAUAAGCGACUAUCCGAUGAUGAAGUGUGUAUGAUGUGUCGACGAAAAGAAACUGCUAAUCGUAAUUUGGAAAUUAAUUUGGAUAAAAUUUUUGAACUUGUAAAAAAGGCUAUACAUGGUACUAAUGCAGCAAAAUUAGGUUGCUGUGAGCUGUUGACCUCCUUGUUAAACCAUGUAUCCUUCUCAGUAUUGAAAAGAUAUGAAGCAGAAAUGCUUUGCACAUUAACUUUGAUGAAAGAAACUGACGAAGAUUUGCGAUCCGAAUUUCAAUGGUGCUUAAAGCCGAUAAUGGAACUGAAGCUUGAAAAUGUACAGAAUGAAGUGUUGCUAAUUAUUGGCGAUCUGCAAAAAUUACCGAAAGCAUUCGACAGUUUUAAACUACACGCAAUAUCCUGUUUGGUUAAUUCGCGAAAUGAUAAUCUUUUUCUGAUGUGCUUAAAUCAACUUCUGAAUAUAGCAAUUGUAUCUGAAUAUGCAUUUGUUGUCGCUGAAAUCAAGCAUGCUAUUGAGGAUCGUAUGGAAAAAUAUGCCCCUAAUUUACACCCUCGACAAUGGUUUCUUCGGAAGAAGAAAUACAUAAUGGGAAGUCUUACCAAACGAAUAAUCUUUGAAUAUUCUGAAGGGACAAGAUCUCUGAAACGAAGUAGUUUUUCGCAGUUUGUCGAUGAAAGGCUUAGAAGAACUAUCGAGUAUGCUUUAAAUGUAGUUCUUGAGAUAUUUGAUUUCUCGAGAGAUGAUAUUGAAAGUUUUAUGCGGGAAGCUUGUCCUGAAAUUGUUACUUCUCUUCUGCUGGAUUGCAUGGCAGAAAAGCAAAAAGUGCAAAUAGCGUUGGAUACUAUCGCACGACUGCGACAAAUAGAACCAGAAAUACUGAUGGAAGAAUCUUUGCCAUUAUUAUUAAUCAAACAUCUUUUAAAUGAUUUGUCAACUCAAGUUAUGCAGAAUGCUCUGAAUUUUAUUAGCGUUUAUACAAAAGGAGGUUGUAAUUGGUCAACAUUAGUUUCAAAGAAAGCUUAUGAAUGCACUGUUUGUUUGUUACAACAUUUAUCUGUUGAUGAAGAGAAAGCAAUGAUGCAUAUCAAGAAUUUGCAUAAAUUAACCUAUGGCCGAAAUUAUCCAUUCAGUUUUACCAGCUUCAUCAGCGAAAGUUAUUUGGGAAUUUUGCUACAUUUCCGACAAGCUGUCAAUGAUGAUCGUUUUUAUGAUGAUCGGCUGGUACUAGUAUCAAGUCUCUGUAAAGUGAUGGCAAUGAUCAAAAUAGAUGGCACCGAUUUCCUUGAUAAAACAGCUGAUAAAAUGCUAAUUGUUUUGCGUGCUUUUACACCGUUAGGCAUUGUUGUGAUUGAAUUGUGGAAAGUUUAUUUGAAAACUUUAUCAGACGAGGUUUUGGUGAAACUUUUGCCGCAAACUUUGGUUUCAAUCAUUCCGUUGUUGCGGUACGAGCAGGCUCGGGAGUUAUUAAAAUAUAUUUUCGAAGAAAGACAAUUGCACUUUGCAGCGAAUGGAGAUUUCGAACGCAUCGCUGUGGUUUUUUGGAACAAUCCGAAGAUUUCAAUCAACGAAUACCUAUCUCCAGAACUUGCGAAGUCUCCGCCGGAAUUGGUUUUCCAUGCAUGCGCUUAUUUAUUAAAGGAAAGUUACGAAGAAGUCGGUGAAGUGAUAUUGCAUAAAUUAUUAAGUAUGCUAAAUGAAUGCAGUGAUUUGACAGAUAGCUGUUUUGAUAGCAUUGCUGCAGAAUUGGUUCCCUCAUUACUGCAAAUCAUACGAAAAACUUCGUUACCAGAAUGUCGUUACUUAGCUUCUUUAGCACUUGGUUGUUUGGGUGCUGUUGAUCCAGGUCGUUUAUUACUGACGCGUAAUACAAAUGUUGAUGGAAAUAAUGCCCGAUUUAUAUUUGUUGAUUCUGGAGAACAGUUUUACAUUGAACUUCUGGAACGAUCGGCAGUGGCCUUUUCCGGAAUACUGGAUGCUAGUAUGCAAGUUGAGUGUUCGUAUAGUAUUCAGACUGUUUUGCGAGAACUCUUUGGAAGACAUGGUUCUGAGAGUUCGCAUUUGUGGAACUUGUUAAGUGAUCAAUGUCGAGACUCGUUGUCGAUGCUCAGGAAAUCAAGCUUUAUAUUGCACAAGCCUGUCCAAUGUCUCCCAGCAAAAAGGCCAAUAAUUGAAUGUGAAGAAGUAAAAGAUUUCAGAAGCUGGUUGAAUCUGUGGUAUAAAGUAACAGCUGCCAAGAUACGCGAUGAGAAGCUGAAAAUUUUUUUCGGUGCUUUGGAAGGUUUAGUAAAUGCAGAUAUCGUUUUUGCCGGCUUUAUCCUACCACAAUUAAUUCUUCAGGCUAUCAUUGAGCACAAUCUGACUUGUAUGAAUGAGGUUGGCAUGGAAAUAAUUGCAGUUCUGCAGAUGUCAAUGGUUGAUGGUGGAUGGCCUCGAUCAGCUGCACAUUUGAUUUUCGCAGUCAUAGAUUGUCUGGAGCGAUUUACAUAUUAUCGUCGAUCUCGAAAAAUUCCAGCCGAUAUGGUCCUCGAACGUACUCUCGAAGUCCUGUCAAAUGUAACGAUGCAAAAAUUAGACGAUGGAAAUUGCUUGAUUGUUGCUGCAGCUGGAGUAUGUCAUUGCACAACGAGAGCAUUGAAAUGGUGUGAGCAGUAUGCAAUUGGCUGUGAUGAAAAUGGCCAGACGUUAUUCAAAUCGGAUCAGUUCAGUUUUCUUGAGAAAAUUUAUUUCGAUCUGGGUGAUAUGGAUGGUGUAGCUGGAGCUUUUGAAACAAUACGUUUCUGUGCUGAACCAACCAUAAACGAUCGAAUUUUAUCGUUAGAAGCCGAUGGGAAUUACUGGGAUGCAUUACCUUUGUGUCGAAAAUCAGCCAAUGUAGAGCCUUCCUAUACCAAAUGUUUAUUGCGUCUGAAUGAACCACGAUUAGCGCUGAGCGGAAUUACUGAUCUAUUGCAAAGAUCAGAAAAUGCUGAAUUUCAAGAAAAAUUGCGUUCAUGCCAAUUAGAAGCAAUGUGGCAGUUGCAACUCUGGGAUGACUUAACAGAUUUGUUGUGUAAGAAGCCUGAAGCGACGAUAUGUGGUGCUACAUAUGUGAGCGUAAUUUGUGCCCUGAGAAACCGGCAGUUCAAUUUAAUGGAUGAUUUUUUAGUCAACGCUCGAAUGCGUUUAGCAGAUGCAUUAACUGCUAUGACGAUUGAAGAUUCAGAUACUUAUACACAAGCUUAUAAAACUAUUACACAAUUGCAUAUGCUGUCAGAAAUAGAAGAUGCGAAAAGUUCACUGAAGCUAGAAAAUGAGAGAAUUUUAACAGUGGAAGAUUUGUCCAAAGUUUUGCGUGUUUGGCAGAAACGUGCAGCAAAAGCGAUUCAAAGCGCUAGUGUUUUGGAACCUAUUCUGAAUGCUCGUCGAAGCUUAUUGGGCCUGUUAGAAGGUGACAUUGGACACGGCCCGAUUUGUGAUCUUUUUUUGCAAAGCUGUCGUUUAGCAAGACAUGAUGGGCACCUGCAAGUUGCUUGGUCAUACCUUAGUCAGGCAAAAGCGUUAAAUGUUAACCAAUUUGAAGUUGAAAUGGAAGAAGCUCGAUAUCUUUUUCAAAAGGGGAAUCAGGUCCAAGCGAUACAAAUCCUUUCAAAUUUGUUGAAAAGACGUUUUGUGAACGAGAUGCAGCAGUUGAAAAGUAUCUCUUGUGAUGGAAAAGAUGUUUGUUGCAGUGAGGAAAACUAUUCUAAGGAAUUGAGAAAGGGAAAUGAAGACUUCGUCAAGGCUCAAUUACUAUUCGCUGAAUAUUCAUUAAGAGCAGGAGCCGGUAGUUAUGGAGAUUUUUAUAAGACAUAUUUUUCACUCCCUUUAAUUGCCACACCGUCUGAAGAUUUGUUUUAUCGAGUAGCCGUCUUCUUAGAUAAAUACUUGUACAGUAAGAAUGAAAAUGCUGAAGCUCAUAAUGUAACAAUGAUUUUGAAAGCCUACAGGCGAGUGCUGACGCAUGGAAAGAGUUAUUUGUUUCAUGUCAUGCCACGUAUGUUAAGCAUCUGGUUGGAUUACACACAGAAAAUGAUUGAAAAUGGAAGUGUACAGCCGCCAAUGAAAGUACACACAAGAGGAUUGUCGUUAAAAAGUUCAACAAGUGAAGAUAAAUGUAUUAAAGAGAUGAAUGAAGUAAUAUAUAGUGGUUUCAAAUGCAUUGAUCAUUACAUGUUUUAUACAGCAUUUGCGCAGCUAAUUUCUCGUAUUACUCAUCCAAAUGAGGAUGUCUUUCAAACGUUGAAGAAAAUUCUGUCCACAUUGAUGGUAGAAUAUCCACAUCAGUGUUUAUGGCAGUCCAUUGCUGUUUUUCGCUGUGACGCUGAUAAGCAACCGUUGCGUUUCACCCGUUGUCGUGCUGUAUACGAUUUAGCUAAACGUAGUGAUGAAACUGGUCUGCUGAAAAUUCUAAUUCCACAAUAUGAAUAUGUUGCAGCUGCUUUCAUCAGGGUUGCAGAAGAUAGUUGUCCAGUAGGUACACAAUCGCCAUUUAGCCAACGUUAUGCCUAUCUUUCGGAAUAUUUUCGGAGCGGUAAAGUAAGCCCGGCAAUUUGGAUGACAGAAGGAAAAGACAAGAAAGAACCGAUUCGACCAUUAAUCGUUGUGCCACUGCAUAAGAUGAUCGAGCAAGCGAUUCCAACCAGUGUUUUGAGCACAUUAUCACAAUUUCCAGAUGCGAAUUUGGGACAAACUAUGUCAGCAACUUCGAGUAACAUUAAAUUCAGCACUAUAUAUAUUCAUUCAAUUGAUGAAGAAUUUACUGUGAUGAAAUCAUUAGUACGUCCCAAAAAGAUUACCAUAGUGGGAUCUGAUGGUAAAAAGUAUCCGUUGAUGUGUAAAGCAAAAGAUGAAUUGCGUAAAGAUGCUCGUCUUAUGGAUUUCAAUCAAAUGGUGAACGCAUUAUUACAUCAAAAUGCAGAUGCUAGACGUAGGCAACUUCACGUCCGAACAUACAAUGUUAUUCCGUUACAAGAUGCCGGUGGUUUAAUUGAGUGGAUUCCAAAUCUCCAAACUUAUCGUUGUCUAGUGGAGCAGCUGUUAAAGGAAAAAUGUAAUAGUGUAAUGACCGAUAAAGAAUGGUUUGCUCGAUGGGUACCUAAUGGAACUGAUGAAGAAAAAUUGGCAAGAUUACGGACGGAGUACUAUCCAAGACAUCCAAUUGUGAUGCCCGAAUGGUUCAGACGUUCAUUUUCGGACUCAUGUCGUUGGUACGCAGCACGUUUGGCUUUCACAUAUACGUCAGCAGUAAUGAGUAUGAUAGGUUUUAUAUUGGGGCUUGGAGAUCGGCACGGUGAGAAUCUCUUACUUGAUCUUGUCAGUGGAGAUGCUAUUCAUGUGGAUUUCAAUUUAUUGUUUAACAAAGGAGAGAAUUUAAAUGUUCCUGAAGUGGUUCCAUUCCGGUUGACUCGUAAUAUCGUUGCUGGUUUCGGUGCAACUGGUGUCGAAGGCGCAUUUCGUCGUUCAUGUGAGACAACAAUGCGUGUAUUACGUGAACAUGAUGAGGCUCUACUCACUGUUUUGCAAACAUUUGUGCAUGAUCCACUUCUUGAAUGGAUGAAUAGCGAAAGUCGAGCUCAGCAAUAUAAACAGCGAAAGCGAAAUGAUACCAAACUAUCACCACCGGUAGCUCAACAACAGGCGCAAGAAGCAAUCGAUAUGAUCCGAUCUCGUUUAAUAGGUCACAUUAUAACGCCAAAAAUUUAUCGCACUGAAACGAAUAACCCACCAAUGAGUAUCGAAGGACAAGUGAGUCGACUGAUUGAUAUUUCUCGAGAUGAGUUAAAUCUUGCCCGAAUGUAUAUUGGUUGGUGCCCUUUCAUAUAG